AUGCCGUCCCAUGCUGCAGUGGCACAGUCGAUUGAAGCGAAGCGGACUGCAGGAUAUCGCGAGGCAAAGAUCAAUAUGGCAGCGCAUGUACCCAACAAGGCAGCUUACGGCCGAGACAAUCGAAAGCUGGAGUCGUCCGUGAAGGAUGUGUUUGGCGGCCAAGCGAGCAUCCUACAAGGUGGGUCCCGGAAGAAGGGUACCAACCUGAAAAGUUCUGACAGCGAUGUCAAGGUAAGGCUCCCCGAGAACCGAGCCAUGACCGAAAGGGAUCGAUCGGUCUUGCACAGCCGCCUGAAGGCAGAAUUUGGACCUGAAGCAGUGGAUGCUUCCAAUCCUCGCAUUCUCAAAGUUCGAGGUGAAGCAUCUGAGAUAGAUGUCGUGCCGGUGCACAGCACAUACUCAGGCCAAGGGUUCCAUGCCGGAUACCCGAACCACCCCUUCAAGGAUAAUCCCAAAGCCCGGACAGCAGUACGGGACGUGAAGCUUUCGGCGGAGGAGCAGGGGAUCUAUCGCAGGGGCUACGACAUUGAGCAGGCGGUUCUCUUACAGCA